UUCAUCGAAGUCGGAAGGGAAGAUUGAGAAGCAGGGGGUUAAGGAGGACAAUUUUAACGUUUCACAAAUUAUUUGUCCAAUUUUUAUUUUCUGUUUUUUUUUUUUUUUUGAAGAAUGAUCCAAACUUAAGACGACUUGAAAUUAUCUUAUUUUUGGCGAUUUCCCUUUAUCUUUCCCUCACUUUCCUCCUUCAGCGGCCACAAUUUUCCCGAUAAACGAACACAACAGCCAACUAUGGCUUCUUCGCUAAUCGCUUCUCAAUCUCUUCCCCUUCGCCGCCCCCUCCUCCCCCCAAACCUACGCCGCCCACCAACUUAUCCGCUCCUCCUCCCUUUGUCCACCGUCAAAUCUCCAAAUCUCGGUCUUAGGGUUUUAGCUUCCUCAUCCCCUUCUUCUUAUUCACCAAAACUUUCCCAUCAAUCACAAGAAAUCCCGAUUUCAUCGCUCCUUACCGGUCCAACCCGGAUACUUGCUACCAUUCUUUCUGUUUCCCUAGCAUUUUCUACCGUAAUUGUUCAACUGGUUCAGAAUGUUUGGCCGAUUUUGAUUCCCCAGUGUCUCAUAAAUAAUCCCUGUUCUGGGCUCGGUGCCUUACAGCCGGCCGGCUCUUUGUUCUUUGCUGCUGUACGGAAUCGUACUGCUCUCAACACGCCUUUGACGGUAGUGGCUGUAGGUUUGGCUAAGUGGCUGGAUAUAUACAGUGGGGUUUUGAUGGUUAGGGUUUUACUGAGUUGGUUCCCCAACGUUCCUUGGGAGCGGCAGCCACUCUCUGCAAUUCGUGAUCUCUGUGAUCCGUACUUGAACCUCUUCCGGAAUAUCAUUCCUCCAAUCUUCGAUACGCUUGAUGUUAGCCCACUUUUGGCUUUUGCGGUUCUGGGCGCACUAGGGGCAAUUAUGGGCAGCAGCACUCGUGUUUAUUGAAGGAGGCUAUGAGUGGAUUUGGUUGGCUGGUUGGUUAGUGGCGGAAUUUACGACGAGUAAGAUAGAUUAUGGGAUCAUUUUUAGAUGGUGAGAAGGUUAAAACUAAAAGUGCAGUCGCAAAUCUUGUUUAUGUGGAUGCCAGUUCAACUAUUAUUCCACCUUCGAACGUAUCUUGCAUUUGAAUAUUAUUGUAUAACAGGUGGAUUCUGGUUGUACCCCUAUUGGCAUGGAGAAAUAUUAGGAUUUUUUAAUGAGCUGUUGGUUGAAAAUGUUGUAUAGAUAUUAUAUAUUUAUACCUAUGCUCUUCAUCUUCAGGAAUUGAAGUUGCAUUUGAGAUGUGAUAAACUGUCUUUGUAUUAGAAAUAUCUUUUCACUUGCUGUGGACAGGUGGAAGAUUUGUGAAAUAGACAGGAUAAAAAAUGAAACCUACCGGCUCUAGUUUUGCUUCCACGUGAAUCUUUACCUUGUGGUGUAGAUGGAUGGGGGAAAUAACCCAAAAUAACAAUGUAGUUGGAGAACGGACAGUAUCUUGGAGUUGAGCUUGAUUGAUAUGGAAAUUGAAAAUUCCUUUUCUUU